ACGAGAUGCCGCACCGCUCCUUCGACGACGCGCUGGCCGCGGCGCGGCCGUUCCUCCGCGGCGAGGACUCCGACACCGACCCAUCCCUCCCCGCCCUCGCCGCCGUGCUGCGCGCCGCCGGCGCGGGCGAGUGCUGGCACAAGCACGGCACUUUCCUCGCGCACCUCCUCGAGGUCCACCGGAUCCUCCGCCUCUGGGCGACCCCCGACGCCGUGUGCCGCUGCGGCCUCUACCACUCCGCCUACUCCAACUCCUACGUCAACCUCGCCAUCUUCGAGCCCGACGUCGGCCGCGCCCGCGUCGCCGCCGUCGUGGGGGACGAGGCCGAGCGGCUCGUCCACCUCUUCUGCGUCGUCCCGCGCCAGCAGAUCGUGCACGACGACCUGCUCUUCCACUACGCCGACCACGACCUCGUGGCCGACCUGGCCCGCUCCGAGGACUCCCUCCGGGACGCGCGCCAGGGGGUGUUCCAGGAGGACGAGCCCUGGCGCUGCAAGAUCCAGCGGCUCCUCCCGGCCGCUGGAAUCACUGUCAAGCACAUCAGGACCGGCGAGGAUGUGGCUCUCUCUAGGCGGGUAGCAGCGACAUUCCUUCUGAUGACAAUGGCAGACUUCAGUGACCAGCUAUUCGACUGGCAGGACCGCCUCUUCGAUAACACCAAUGGCCGCCUUGAGUUUCGUGGCAAUACCUGGACAUCGCUGUGGCCUGGCACCGGCAAACCUGGCCUCUGGACCACGUCCAUCUCCCGCAUGGGGGCGCUCUACAGCCUCAUCGUGCGUGAAGAGGAGAUAUACAUUGCUCAACGGGGGCACACCACAGGCAAAGAAGGCGCUGACCCUGCCACACGUGACGAGGACAUCGCCCUAGUGAUCCCUCCGGUAUUCGAUGGCUGCACCAAGGUGCUCAACGCCGAUGACCAGAAGGCAGCGCGAGACCUCUACUGGGAGGCAGUGUGCAGCGACGAAGACGGGAUGGACCGGUGUAAAGUCGAGGAGCUCCUCCGGCAGAGCAUCGACAAGAACCCGUUUGUGGGGGAGCCUCGGCUGGUUCUCGCGCAGGUGUGUCUCAACACGGAGAUGUACGAGGAGGCGCAGGAGCAGGCCGAGGAAGGGCUAAAGCUGCUGCUGGAGUGGGGGAGCAGCUGGGACAAGAGGAUGCCAUGGGAGGCGUGGGUGUCAUGGGGCAGAGCAAUGCUGACCAAGGCCAAGGAGAAGGACUGGCCUCACACCUCCUUCGGCAUCAUCAGCCUAGGGCUUGUGAAGUAGCUGCUUGUGUCAUGAUAUCAUCGUACGGUUAGCACGAAAGGUAUGAAAUGAUAUACCUACAGCAGUUGAAUAAAUCACUUCACGGACACGAAGAUGGAUUCUUGUUCCUUCCUUGUAAAAAAGAUGCAAUUGUGAUCAUCUUACAGUCUGUAUUGAUGUCCAUACACAAGUCUCAAGCAAAAAAAAUGCUUUGGAUGCAUCAACACCAAUAUUCUCCGUAGAAGUUAAAACAACUGAGAAUUGCCCGAAUUGUAUUAUAUGAACACCAAAUCAGGGAUGUUCUGUCCUGUACUAUAACAACUUGUUUUGAAGAUUUUCAUAUACCAGAAGAUAUACUAAUUAAGUUAUGUGGACAACAUACAAGUUUGUUGCA